CUCCCCCUCAGCCGUCUUAAAGCUCUCACAGUCAUCACGGCUGCUGGUGUGCUUUAACUAGAAAAUCGGACUGUUUUUCUUCUAAUAAAGACACACAAAAAACAACAACCUGAAAGGGAUUACCCUGAGACCGUGGCAGAAUUCACGUCAGAUGCGGUUUGUUUUGCGGUGGCCUGUGUUUACCCGCAAUGACCGGUGCCUUUUGCGUUAUGACAGACGCGAAUUUAUCUGGCGAGCGACCGGCUUCGAAGAUGGACUUGAGUUAGCUGGUACCGCAGUGAACAUCCCCGACCCACAGCGGGAUACCUCGACAGGGAAGAGGGACGGCAAAAAAAAUCAUAAUAAUUAAAAAAUUCGUGUGACCAGGGCUUUCUGCUAAAGUCGUGCAGGUUUUUUUUUUUUCCUCUCACCAUUUUCGUCUCCCCAUGCAGUGCGGUAAAGCUUUUUCGUCUUGGAAGGGAAAGCGGGCAGGGUGGAUUCGUGACUGAUUGAUCGUGUUGUGUCCACGCAUUUUUGGCGUGUAGGUUGUGAGCGUUGGGCCACGCAAUGCUGACUCCGGAGCUCGAAUGUAUUUUACUAAGAAGCAAAAAAACGAUCGCCUUUUCAGCCGCGCAAUUUUAGAGCAGCCUCAGAUCGCACUCCCCGAAUGGUUUUUUUUUUAAAUGCCCUUUACCGGGAAUUUUACACCUGUGAUUACUUAGCCGGGCGUAAAAGCGGGGCCAACAGACCGUUGUUAAGUACUAAUUUUUGUAAUGAUCGUUUUUCUCCAUGUUGACAACGGUGUUGGGCUUAAACCAUCCGCUCCUGACGUACAGUAGGAACACCUUCCAAGUUAGAGCAGAUCCCGGAGGAGAGCCCAGCCAUAGUCAAGCGGGGCAGAUCUAGAGCAGUAUCCCCCCAGCCUGCAGGUAGACACCGGCUCUUGUCUCUAGCUCCUGUUUUGUUGAUGUACCUCAGGCGCCUUCUCUCCUCUGAGUUGUGCUAGGGUCUAGUUUUCAGUAGGUAACCCCGCUUUUUCCACGCUGUGAACGCAGACCGGUUAUAGAAACAGAAGAGGCCAUUCGACCCAGCUCAGCCCGUUCGGUCAAUUGUCUUUAAGAGCAGGUGAAUUGAGAGGCGAAGGCAUGUUGUCGUCUGCAGCAGCGAUCUGCCGUUGGCUGUUUCUCAAGAGAGGCUGAUCAGCUACCGUACCUGCCUGCGAGCCCGAUCGGACAGUGAAGCAGAUUUUUAAGACCAAGCGGAGGCGAGGGGGGAAGAGGACAAUCGCCGCUAACUCUCAGAAAGCCUUUUAUUUAUUUCUUCAGGGCAAGUCGCGAAUGUCGUUCAUUCUCAUCAGCACUUGUAACAUUUCGAGUCUCCCUACAGCACAAACGAAGCAAUAGCGGUUUUAAACCCCUGCAUAUGAAAGGGUUUGCUGAAACGGUGCUACAUAGAAUGAACCCUCUCGGAAAAAUCGAGCAAAGUUAUUUUUUCUUAAUACCGUGUGCUUUAAAAAGGGUAUAAAUUGGAGUAUAAUAAAUAAUAAGUAGGCGUUCCGACACCGAUAACUUUAAACCACUCUCAUUUUGAAGCCAGUGUAUUUUUUAUGAGUGUUUACGAAGUACAUGUACUGACCUUUAAAUCACUAGCCUAAGAUAAUUUAUUGACGGCAAAUAGAUGUUCGAUUUCAGGGUGUGUUCGUCAUUGGUUCUGGACAUCAUCUGAAAAUCAAUCUUUGAAGAGCUCCUGCUUCAGAAGGCAUAUAAAGUCCAUUUCUGUAUUCAUCACUUUUAUUUCUGUAAAAGCGCUGGGACACAGAGACUGCAGGACCAGGACUGCCGUCUAUGACCAGGAAGGUCGUUUGUCAAUUGAGCUCAACGGAGGCCUACAUACCAAGAAAGCUUCGCAUUGUGGAAGCCUCUUACCCACACGUCGAGCGAGAAAUUGUGUCGAACACUUGUUUGCGGAUUAAAAAUAGAAGAAUUGAGAUAAAUACGUCAGUGAAACCCGAGGCUUAGGUUGUGAAAUUGUUCGCCGCCUUUCCCCGGACUGACCAACCGCGCGGUUUGAAGUUAACCAGACCACCAAGGACAAGUGUAUCCUGUUCUGUCAACGAUGUCUGCACUACGGAUAGUGCUAUUGCCCACAGUGCUCUGUUUAAUGUACGCUGCGCCGGCGUGCCGGCCCGCCUGCGUGGAGGUGGACUCCGAUUCCGAGGGGGUGGCGGGGAACGGCUUCAAGCUGGGCUGCAUCUCCUGCAAGAUGAGGGGGGAGGUGGAGGCCGAAGCCAGCGUGGAGUGGUACUUCCGAGCGGCCCGGGAGACCGACUACAUCUUGAUCUACCGCUACGAAGACGAGACACCCUCGAUCGUAGAUGAGCGCUUUAAUGACAGAGUGGCCUGGAAUGGCAGCAAGAAGACCAGGGACCUCCAGGACGGCUCCAUCUUCAUCCUCAAUGUCACUUUCAAUGACACAGGGACGUUCAAGUGCUUGGUCAACCGCACCUUGAGAUUCCCCAACUACCAGUACCACACGAGUGCUGAAAAGCUCAUCCAUUUCAUGGUGGUACCCAAAGCCAACCGGGAGCUGGCAUCCAUCAUCUCAGAGGUCAUGAUGUAUGUGUCCAUUGUGGGGCUGCAAGUCUGGCUGGUGGUGGAAAUGAUCUAUUGUUACAGGAAGAUCGCUGCAGCUGGAGAGGAGGCUCUCCGAGAAAGCGCGGCGGAAUAUCUGGCCAUUGCUUCAGAGAGUAAAGACAACUGCACAGGGGUCCAAGUGGCUGAAUAGCACUAGAGACGCAGGAGGGGGGAGACAGCUGACACAGGAUGGGCAUCAUCGUGAGAUCAGAGUCACUGUCCUAUCACAAGUUCCUGACCUUCAGUUCCCCUCUGUCCUCCCCUCCUGGUUCCCCAGCCAAAGAGGACUCGCUGCCUGGGCAUGAAGAUUUGUCACAAUACCAAAUGAAACACAAACCCACUGCAAUGGCUGCCACUGGAAGGAAAUUAAAAUCACUUUUCAUACACCUAGGUACCACAUUUAGCGAACAGUACAAAAGGUAACUCAUGGACUUGGACUUUUAAAGAACAAAAAGCAUGUUCAUACUUCAUCCACAAGAUACUGUACAUUAAAAAAGAUUUUAAAAUACUAUAUAAAUAUAUGUAUAUUUGCAAUGUUCAGCUUGACAAUGUCUUCCAUAGUUAUGCUGCAAGAAUUCAUCGAAUAAAAGCAAAUUGGGAAAAAAAAAUCACCUCAGUUUUACUGAUAGUUUAGGAUGGGAAUUUGCACGGACAUUUAGCAACGCCAAAAUGCUAGUGAUCUUACUUUUCCUUUUUUUUAUUUAAAACAUUCUCCCAUUAGAGAUUGUGGCUGUGAAAAUGUUGCUUGCCAAAAAUACAAAUGAAGAAUUUAAAACUAGAAUAAAACUUCUAAAAAACUCCAA